GAGAUGGGCGGGUCCUAACUGACUGUGUGCUCGUGUGUGUGGUUCGAGGAGGGAAAGCGGUGCUGGAACGAUUCGCGGCCUUGCAUCUACUUUAUAUGAACGAAAAAGGAAUAAACACCAGGUGUUGAACAAGCACGCAUGAUUCUCACCGUAUGGGGAGAAUGUAGAGGAAAGACGUGAAUACAAUCAGCUUCUGAUUUUUUUUAAUACAUUUUAGUUAAUUUUAUUUCUUUGAGACCAUGGCUUACACAAAUUAUAGCUCGCUUAACCGAGCUCAGCUCACCUUUGAAUAUCUGCACACAAACUCGACAACGCACGAGUUUCUAUUUGGGGCUUUGGCUGAACUCGUGGACAACUCAAGAGAUGCAAACGCCACACGGAUAGACAUCUACACAGAGAAGAGACCAGACCUGAGAGGCGGGUUUAUGCUCUGUUUCCUUGACGACGGCACUGGAAUGGAACCCAGUGAAGCCACGCACGUUAUCCAGUUCGGUAAAUCAAGCAAACGUUUCCCGGAGUCCACUCACAUCGGCCAGUAUGGAAAUGGAUUGAAAUCGGGUUCAAUGCGUAUUGGGAAGGACUUCAUUCUCUUCACCAAAAAAGACGACAAAUUAACGUGUUUGUUUUUGUCGCGAACAUUUCAUGAAGAAGAGGGUCUGGACGAGGUGAUUGUUCCGUUGCCGAGUUGGGAUGCGAAGACCCAGCAGCCUCUGACUCAAGACUCUGAGAAAUACGCGACUGAGACCGAACUGAUCUUUAAAUACUCUCCCUUUAAGAAUGAAGAGCAGCUGUUUCGGCAAUUCAAGAAGAUUGAGGGACCCAGUGGCACUCUUGUUGUAGUUUACAAUCUGAAGCUAAUGGAUAACAGAGAGCCCGAGUUGGAUGUGGAAACAGACCACCAGGAUAUUCUGAUGGCCGGGACACCUGUAGAGGGAGUGAAGCCGGAGAGGAGGUCCUUCCGUGCGUAUGCUGCUGUCCUGUACAUCGACCCCAGAAUGAGGAUCUUUAUUCAGGGUCACAAAGUCAGAACCAAGAGGUUGUCCUGCUGCCUAUAUAAUCCUAGGAUGUACAAAUACACAUCAACACGCUUUAAAACCCGCGCAGAGCAGGAGGUCAAGAAGGCGGAUCACCUCGCGAAACUCGCUGAGGAGAAAGCGAGAGAGUCAGAAAGUAAAGCUCGUGCUCUGGAGUUAAAGCUUGGUGAUGAUUUAUCCAAAGAGGCCAGGGCUGCGCUGAGAAAAGCACAAGAUUCGGCUGCGAUGUUGCGUGCAGAAGCUACCAGAAAACAAGCCAUCCAUGCGUCAAAACAAAAAGCUUUGAAGGAGCCUAAGGACUUAAAUUUUAUCUUUGGCGUGAACAUCGAAAGACGAGACCAGGACGGAAUGUUCGUCUACAACUGCAGCCGACUCAUUAAGAUGUACGAGAAAACGGGACCACAGCUGGAGGGAGGAAUGGCGUGUGGCGGUGUUGUAGGAGUGGUGGAUGUUCCCUAUCUAGUAUUGGAACCAACACACAACAAGCAGGACUUUGCAGAUGCUAAAGAAUACAGACACUUACUGAGAGCCAUGGGAGAGUAUCUCGCACAAUACUGGAAGGACAUCAGUAUAGCUCAGAAAGGUAUAGUGAAAUUCUGGGAUGAAUUUGGUUAUUUGUCGGCCAACUGGAACUCCGUCCCAUCCAAUGAACUUCGGUUUCGCCGACGGAGAGCCAUGGAGAUACCAGUCACCAUCCAGUGUGAUAAGUGUUUGAAGUGGCGGACGUUGCCGUUUCAGAUGGAUGCCGUGGACAAACGUUACCCAGACAGCUGGGUGUGUCUCAUGAAUCCAGACGGAACUCAGGACAGGUGUGACGCCGCUGAGCAGAAGCAGAAUUUGCCCAUUGGCGUGUUGAAAAAAGAUUUCAAAACUACAGAGGACAAACAGAAAGAUCUGUCCGAGAAGAUCCGCCAACAGCAGGAGAAGCUAGAGGCUCUGCAGAAAACAACAACAGUGAAAUCUGCAGCAGAUAUAAAACAGCUCCCCCUAGCUGUCAGUGCAAAACCUACAGAAGAGCGCACACCUCAGCCGACCCGCUCAUCCCAGCGAUCAGCACCCCGCCCACGCUCCCCUCCUCUCCCCGCAGCGGUCAGAAAAGCUGUCAGUCUACCACCGGUAACAAAAACCCCACCCCCUAAACCAACGCCACCAACACGGCCUACCCGGACCCCACCAGCUCCUCCCCCACCACCCAAAGCUAAGCAAACACCCGCUCCUGCAGCAAAGCCAACAAAAUCUGCUCCCAAACCUGUAGCCCCGCCCCCAACUCCGCCCUCAAAAGCACCAGCUCGCAGAAGUGCCACGCAGAGCCGCGCUGCCACACCAUCGUCCACCAAGACUGCAAACAAGCAAACUCCAGCCACCAAGAAAGGCGUUGCAAAGAAGGGUAGAGUCCAGGAAGAGGAAGAUGCUGAGGAAGAAGAGAGUGAAGAGGAAGAAGAAGAGGAGGAGGAGGAGGAGGAAGAAGAGGAUGAGGAAGAAGACAGUGCAUCAGAAGAGGAUGAGCCACAACCCAAAAAAUCAAAGAUGGCGGCAUCUGUUCAAGGUCGAGGUAAAGCUGUCGUGGAAAAAACCCCAACACCAGCUAAACAGACCAGCACAGAGCAUGUCACUAACAGCACUAACGAAGAUCUAAAGAAGGAUGCGACAAAAAAUGCUCAGAAAGAUAAAGGCAUUCUGGUAGAGGCGAAGGUGAACGGGGAAUGGUUCACAGGUCGCGUUACUGCGGUAGAGACAGGGAAGGACAGUAUACGCUGGAAGGUCAAAUUUGACUACGUUCCCAUGAAUACUCCAAGAGACCGCUGGGUGUUUAAGGGCAGUGAAGAUGUCCGACUUAUGCGUCCCGCCUCUCCGGAGUCUCGAAGCCCAGACACCAAUCAGGUUCCAGCACGGUCUGUAACCCCAGACACCAAUCAGGUUCCAGCACGGUCUGUAACCCCGCCCACCGCUGCCGAGCCAGACACAACUCAGAGCGGGCCGAGCAGAGAGACAACAGAAGGCCUCGUCACCAUGAUGAGGACAUUGCUAAGGUAUUUUUUCCCGCCGGAUUUCCGAAUCCCUAAAGAUUCUGUGAACACUAUGAGCGCCGAGGACCUUGUGGCCUUUCCCAUCAAAGAGUAUUUUCAACAAUAUGAGGCUGGGCUACAGAGUUUGUGUAACUCCUACCAGACUCGGGCGGAGUCACGGGCACGUGCUGUGGAGGAGAAGAGCAGCGGCGCAGAGGCUAAGCUGAAAGAGUCUGAAGAGAAACUCCGCAAACUACGAACGAACAUCGUCGCUCUGCUGCAGAAAGUCCAGGAGGACAUAGAGAUCAGCAGUGACGAUGAGCUGGAUGCCUACAUUGAAGAUUUGGUUACCAAGGGAGAGUGAAACACUCCAUCUCUUCAAUUUUACCUUUCUUCGUUUUCACUCUCUUAAUUUGUGUUCCAGUUAUUUUACGCGUUCGGAUGACCGGAGAUGAUUGCUGGUCGACCGCACCUUCAUCCCUGCCCGUAUACUGUGACAGAUCUCUAUAGAGCAGCAAGAACUUCAUGGCCGACUUCAGCAUAAUCCUUCAUUAAAAAACACCACUAACGCCAUCAACUCAGUCCUGGAGCAUAUUGCAUUUUCAUUUUGGACCUUGUGAGCCGCAUGUGAUGAGUGGAGAUCGAAUCUGAUUAGUUGUUUUCUUUGUUUAAUUGGUUUAACUCGUCGCAGAGCGUUUUUUUUAGGGUCUCAGUGUUGUAAAGCUUCAUUCUCAGCUCUGAACUGCUGAUUUCAUGGAGUACGGAGCUGUUCUCACAGCUCACGGCGACUACUUGCAAACCAGUUUGACUAUAAGUUGAGUUUGAAAAUGGGCUUUAACUUGCUGCUAUGUAACCGAAUUGUUUCAAGUUUGAGUUACAUCCCAUUUCUUGUUUUCCAUGUAGUUGGAGGCCACAUCCAAUUUGUGUUAUUUUAUCUCUCCUUUUCCAUUUUUGGAGUAAACACUGAUCUGAUGCUGUUCACCUCUUCAGUUACAGUAUUUAGUCUUUAUCAUUAUAUCUGAGAAUAUGUUUUACAAACUUUUAUUAAAACAGUCCAAUAAAGUUUAGGACAUACUUGUGAUCUUAUGGUGCU